UCAGCCUGGCGCCGGCCUCCAGAAUGUGGAGGGUUUCGGCGGCAUCUCUUAACAUCGGCAUGGAAUGGUCCCCAGCUCUGAAUGACACGGCGCAUAACUCCAGUGAAGAGUUGUCCUGGUCCAAACAAUGGGCUCUGGCCGCAGUCUUCACCGUGAUAAUCCUUAUCAUCGUGGUGGGCAACUUGCUGGUCAUUCUGGCCAUCGCCAAGAACCCGCGGCUUCAAACUCUUACCAAUGUCUUCAUUACCUCAUUGGCAUGUGCGGACCUGAUCAUGGGCAUUUUCGUGGUUCCACUGGGGGCCACCAUCGUGGUGACUAACAAGUGGCUCUUGGACUCUCCUUUCUGCGAAUUGUGGACCUCUGUGGACGUGUUGUGCGUCACGGCCAGUAUUGAGACCCUUUGCGUAAUUGCCAUCGACAGGUACGUCGCCAUUACCUCACCCUUGAGGUACAUGAGCCUACUUACCAAAGCCCGGGCCAGGGCUAUUGUGUGUCUGGUCUGGGCUAUUUCGGCCCUAAUCUCCUUCCUGCCCAUCAUGAAUCGCUGGUGGGAGGACUCCGAUCCAGCAGCCCAGAAGUGUUACAGGGAGCCCACCUGCUGUGACUUCGUGACCAACUGGCCUUACGCCAUCCUGUCCUCCACCAUCUCUUUCUACAUCCCACUGCUGGUCAUGAUCUUACUGUACUCCAAGGUCUUCAGCGAAGCCAAAAAACAGAUGAAGAAGAUGGAGAGGAACAAACCGAGGAUAGGUGACAGCCAGCAGCAAAACAAGGCCAACAAGAGGAGACCUUCUAAGCUGCUGGCUCUCAAAGAUCACAAAGCUCUUAAGACGCUGGGGAUCAUCAUGGGGACCUUCACGCUCUGUUGGUUGCCUUUUUUCCUGGCCAAUAUCGUGCAAGUCGUAUCCAGGAACGGAAUUCCAAGGGCACUCUUUCUAUUCUUCAACUGGCUGGGGUAUGUGAACUCUGGCUUUAACCCCUUCAUUUACUGCCGGAGCUCUGACUUUAGAAGAGCCUUCAAAAAGAUAUUAUGCCUCGGCGGGACAGCCGAAGAUCCCGGGCUCCAAGAUUGCAACCCUUACUGCCCGUGCCCUCUUGGGAGGCCGCCAUCCACCCAACCGUCUCCCGGCGUCGAGGAGCCCCCUGAGAACUCUAGCAGCAGCUGGUCUAGCACCAGGAGCGAUAAGACGAAGGCAACUUCCCACCAAGUGAAUGGUGAUACCCAAUACACCUUGGAGUCGGUGCUAUGACGAGUGGGGAAACGAAGAUCAAAGGAAAAUUCCGACCCCUUUGUUCCGUACCUCAAUAACAUUCCCGUGGUGAAAGCUGACAUUCGUGGUCUAUUCCCAUUUUUUUUCCAAAGCACAAUAAACAAGGUCAGAUUAUUACUACUCAAUUUUCCAGCCAUCAGGUCUCUAGUGCCUCGUAGCCGGAAAUUCACUGACAGUUCAAUUGUUUUUGCGGGGUCUGAGGGGUGGUGAUAACACUUCUUCGACAAAUAUUCUCUGAAAAGUCAAGGACAUCACAGGAAAUAGUGAAGAAUUCCCAGUAAAAUAUUGCAGAAUGUUAGAACAGUGUAUAUUAACAGAGGACUAUGCUACGGGCAGUUGUAUUACAAGAUUUUGGUGAACUUUGAAGGCGAGCAUAAUACUUCAGGCUCCAUCUGCAAUGUGUUCUGUAUACAGAUGCGCUGUGUGGCAAUUAAUUGUGUUUCCUGAGAUUUCUUCUUCAGUCAGUCGGAACUGUCAAUAUGAUUGCACUUAUGGAAUGGACUGCAAGAGCAUUUUUUUGCACAAUUGUGAACAGUAAGAUGUCAAAUCUUUGUGUAUUUCUACGCGUGGAAACCCUACUGCCCCGAGGCUAUCUAAGAGCUCAGCUGAAAUCAGACAGCGACUCUUCAAAUCUUAUUUUUAAAACAUCGCUCGUUUACCGCGUUAGGGCGAUGAUUUCUUGGGUGCAAGGCGGGUCUGGGGCCGAGAGUUGGGAAGGAAAAUAUAAGGUUGGUUGAAUUGAUAUAAAUUAACGACGGCUAGCUGCCGGAAGCUCGAUCUUGACUUAUUUUUGUUCCAGCUUUAUAUUAUUGCAGAAUUUGAAUUUAAAUGUUAUAUUGGGAAAAAUAGAGAUAAUACAAUAUUAUAUGGGUAUAUGUGAAAGUUUAAAGUGAAAAUAAUUGUAGAAAAUGCCAUAAUAUUCAUUUAAAUUUGA